CUCAAUUGUAUAUAAACCUGUUGUACAUCAUUUUCAGUUCACAAGUUCAAUAUACAGAUUCAUUCUUCUUUCUCUAUCCUCUCUGUAUUCUUGAAUUCACAUCUUUAAUACCAUAUCACAUCAUGGUAUCAAAGCUUUCAGCACCAUAGUUGAACUCUGAAAUCGAUCCAUAUAUUUUUGCUGCAAAUUCUAAAUCUAAAAUUCUUGAGUUGGUAAAAUUUGAAGAACAGAAAUGGAGGAUAAUGAUGUUAUCAACAAUGAGGUACCAAUAGGUCAAAAUUUUAUCAACUACUGGGGAGCAACAGACUCAAAACCUAGGGAGUUCUCAGACCAAUGGAAUCGAUUACUCUCAUCCACUAUUCUUGGCACUAUUCGAUGUAAGUGGAAUUUAGAUAAUUUCUUUUCAAUUAACAGGAAUUGAGAAUUACUCGAUUUGGUAUAGGUCAAUGAGAUUAGCCCUUUUAGGCAGAAACAAAUUAGGUAUUGUAAAUGGUAAUUGCAAAAAAAAAAAUGUUUCCUGAAAGCAUGGAUGAUCAGUGGGAAAGAGUCAAUGCAAUUGUACUUUCUUGGAUCUUGAAUGGAGUUUCUAAGAGUCAUUUAUAUGGUAUUAUGUAUGCAUCUGUUGCUUAGCUGUUUGGGAAGAUCUUGCUGAAAGAUUCAAUAAAACUGAUGGAUCAAGAACUUUCAAUUUACAUAAGGAACUAGCAAAUUUAACCCAAGGAACAUCAUCUGUGUCAGUUUACUUUUCAAGAUUAAAGAACUUGUGGGAAGAAUUUGAGGCUUGCCAGCUCCUGGUUAUGAAUGUGACAAGUCAAAAGAAUUUGUGAUAUAUCUGCAGAAAUUGAAACUGUAUCAAUUUCUUAUGGGGUUGAAUGAGAGCUAUUCUCAAGCUAGGAGUUAGAUUUUACUAAGGAGUCCCUUACCUACAGUAAAUCAAGCAUAUUCUAUGAUCAUUAGUGAUGAAAAUGAGAAAGGAGUUGCUGCUACUUCAGGUGUGUUAGAGAGUACUCAACAUGGAUCAUUCAGCAACUAUGAGAUGGCUAUGCAUGCUAGGAAUAAUGCUCAACCUGUUUCCAUUAGCAACAACUAUGAAAUGGCUAUGUGUACUAGGAACCAUAACAAUAAUGGACAGAAUCAAAAAUUCAAAAAGAACGGAAACCUUCAGUGUGAAGUAUGCAAGAGAAAAGGUCAUACUAAGGAGAACUGUUAUAGGGUUGUGAGGUAUCCUUCAGACUUCAAAUUUCAAAGGAAAGUUAAUAACACUAGUGCUGCUUACAAUGCCAAUGUGAUGCAAGAUCAUGUUGGUUCAACCUCUCAGUUCAAUCCUGAAUAUGGUCAUAAUACAAAUCUGUAUGUUCCAUCUGCCAAUAUGGGUAAAGAAGUGUAUGGUCACAAUACAAGAAAUGUAAGAACUCAACCAACUGGAAGUUACAAUCACAAUUGUGCGACAACUCAACAAGGAAACUAUGCUUUCACCAGUGAGCAAUAUAAGCAAAUUCUACGGAUGUUGAACAAAGGAACAAACAACAAUUCUAACUCAGUCGCACCAACUAACAUUGCAGGAUCUCUUCAUUGGGAGCGUAAAGGGGAUAGGUAGGGAAGAUGAUGAAUUGUAUCUACUAAUAUCUCAAGCUAGUCAAAGAUGUCUAAAUAAGAACUUGGAUAUAAGAGUCAAUGAAGCUGUUGAGAAGACUAAUUGUGACAUAGUAUUGUGGCAUAAGAGAUAUGGACACAUGUCUAUAGGCGUUCUUAAGAAAAUUUUACCUGCUAAUUUACUGCAUAUUCAAGAAUGUAUUGCUAAAUACAUUGUUUGUCCCUAUGCAAAACAAGGUAGACUGCCUUUUCCUUCUAGUAAUAUUAAAAGUGCUAGUAUGUUUCAUAUGAUUCAUGUAGACGUAUGGGGACCUUACAAAACUGCAACAUUUGAUGGCAAUAAGUAUUUUCUGACUGUGGUUGAUGACUUUACAAGAAUGAUUCUGUUAUUUCUGCUUAAGUUGAAAUCUGAUGUUUAUGUAUGCUUAAAACUAUUUCUUACUUAUGUUAGUACUCAAUUUAAUUAAUUUGUGAAAGUGAUUAGAAGUGACAAUGGUAGAGAGUUUGUUAACUCUAUAUGUGAGCAGUUGUUUCAAAAUUUGGGCAUAAUUCAUCAGAAAUCUUGUGCAUAUACCCCUCAGCAAAAUGGUAUUGCUGAGAGGAAACAUAGGCACAUAUUAGAAGUCACCAGGGCCAUUAGAUUUCAAGGACAAAUUCCCAUUCGAUUUUGGAGUCAUUGUGUACUGGCUGCUAUUUAUCUGAUAAAUAGAAUGCCAAGUACUGUACUCAACAAUGCAUCUCCUUUUAAGAAGUUAUAUGGUAAGAUGCCUAACCUCAAACACCUUAGAGUGUUAGGAUGUUUAUGCUAUGUAAAUAUUGUGCAAGAACAUAAGUAAGAAAUGUUCUUAAAAGGACAUUUCUUAAACUAAUGCCAAGAGCCAAAAUGGCAGCCCACAUGGGCUACUCAGAGGUUCAAAAAGGUUAUAUACUAUAUGAUCUAGCUAACAAGUCUUUCUUUGUUAACAGAGAUGUAACAUUUAGAGAAGAUAUUUCUCCUUUCAGCAAAAGUUAAGAUCAGCACACACUGUUCACUGAUGCCAAUUUGAGUCAAAUGAUGAUGGAUGGAAGUUUAUCUCCUAUACAAGUUGAGACUCAACAUUCAACUAAUCAAAAAAUGAAUGGUUCUCAAAAUCAAACAUCUAAUCCAUCAAAAAAGACUAAUCAACAAUUUACUGAACCUAUACAAGCUGACCUCAGACCAGAGGACCUGCUACAAGUUGAACCUAUACAAGCUAAUCCACAAAAAGAUCAUGAUCUUGAACCUGUUCAUAUAGUGUAGCAGAAUGAGAUACAACCUAUACUGCAACAAGAAGUACAACAUGAACAAAAAAAAUAGAGCUUCAAGUAGAGCCAAACAUCCUUCCAUUUGGAUGAAGGAUUUUGUCUCAUCGAAUAUUCAUGAGGAUACUCCAUUUGCUUUACACGAAUACCUUGAAUAUGAGAAUCUGUCUCAGAAGCAUCAAGCUCACAUUGCAACUUUCUCUUCAGUCACUGAACCAUCAAGUUACAAUCAAGCUAUUAAAGAUCCUAGAUGGGUAGCAGCUAUGAAAGAAGAAAUUUCAGCAUUGGACACCAAAGGUGUAUUUACAAAGUCAAAUACAAAGCUACAGGUGAGGUGGCAAGGUUUAAGGCAAGGCUAGUUGCCAAGGGGUACAGUUAACAAGAGGGAAUUGACUACCAAGAAACAUUUUCCCCUGUGGUCAAGAUGGUUACUGUUAGAACCAUUCUUUCACUAGCUGUAUAAAAGAAGUGGCACAUACACCAACUGGAUGUGUAUAAUGUCUUCCUACAAGGGGACUUGAACAAUGAAAUUUACAUGGACAUGCCUCAAGGAUUUUCAAGUCAGGGGGAGUACAAAGUAUGCAAACUUGUAAAGUCCUUGUAUGGGCUUAAGCAAGCUCUAAGACAAUGGAAUGCAAAGCUAUGUGUGGCAUUAUUGAAGUUUCAGUUAACACAAUUAUCAGGAAAAAACUAGUGAAGGAAUGACAAUAGUGUUGGUGUAUGUAGAUGAUAAGUUAAUCAUUGGGGAUAAUUUGAAGUUGAUUCAAGAAAAAAAAGAGUCACUGAGCAAAGCAUUUAAAAUGAAGGACUUAGGAGAACUCAAAUAUUUUCUUGGUAUUGAGUUUGCCAGAUCAGAGAAGGGAAUUUUAAUGAACCAAAGAAAAUAUUGUCUUGAGCUUAUUGCAGAAGCUAGCCUGUCAGCAACCAAACCUGUCACAACCCUUAUAGACAUCAACAUUAAGCUCACAUCUAAACAGUAUGAUGAUCAGACUGAAGGAAAUUCAAAAAGAGUAAGUGACCCUCUAGCAAAUGUAAAUGCAUGCCAAAGGCUCAUUGCCAAAGUGCUAUAUCUUGCUGUAACAAGACUUGACAUAUCCUUUAGUGUACAAACACUAAGCCAGUUCCUCCACAACCUAAGAAAUCUCAUAUGGAAGCAGCUCUAAAGGUGGUUAAAUACAUCAAGAACCAACUAGGACAAGGGAUACUCAUAUCAAGUAAACAACGCCACACAGUUACUGCAUGCUAUGAUGCAGACCGGGCAGCAUGCCCUCUUACUAGGAAAUCAGUGUCUGGUUUUUAAAUCAAGCUUGGUGAAUCAUUAGUGUCAUGGAAAUAAAAAAAAACAGACCACGUCUCUAGGAGCUCUGCAGAAUCUGAGCACAGAUGCUUGGCAACAACAAUUGCGGAACUGGUUUGGCUACAUGGACUAUUGAAGGCAGUUGGUGCAGAAAUUCAAGGACCAGUUGAUGUUUAUUGUGAUAGUAAAGCAACAAUCCAAAUUGCUGCUAAUCCAGUUUACCAUGAGCGUACAAGACAUAUUGAAAUCGACUGUCAUUUCAUUAGAGAGAAAAUUCAGCAAGGCAUGAUCACCACCAAAUACAUGGCUUCUCAGGAUUAGCCAGUAGACAGUCUUACCAAAGGUUUAAAUUAACAAAGUUCAGCAUCAAUAUUUGAACUCCAAACUAGGUGUACUGAAUAUUUUUCCUCCACCUAGUUCGAGGGGGAGUGUAAAAUAGUAUUAAGGGUAAAAUAGUCUUUUUUUUAUAUACUGAAUUAGUUAAAGAAGUAGUUAGAUUAGAAGUUAAUUAUCUUCCUAAAUACAGUUAGUAGCUCAACUGUAUAUACACCUGUUGCACAUCAUUUUCAGUUCACAAGUUCAAUAUACAGAUUCAUUCUUCUUUCCCUA